AUGUGGCCAUUGGCGAUUUUUUUAAUUUUCGCCCAUUUCCGGACGAUAGAAGCGGCUAAUUAUAUUGAUGGUGGGUGAUUUUUAAAUUUUUAUCGAUUUUUGAAAAAAAAAUUGGUGUUUUUUAGAUUUUUUGACCUUGAAGGGUAUUUGAAUUAUUUUCCUUUAUUCUGAGAAAUUCGAUUUUUUUUUUCGUUUUUUUUUCCACCGCUUUCCGAUAUUAAGGGUCAAAUUUGAGCUUCAUCUUCCCAAUUAUCAAUUAAUUGGGCUUAAAAAAUCUUUCUUGUUGUAUUUUCAAAAGUGUCCUGCUUAAAAAAAUUGGUUCUAAAAAGCUUUAUUUUCUGAAAAAAAUGAAAAAAACAGAAUCAAUAGAAAAAAACGUGUUUUUUUCCUUCCGAGCAAGUUGAACCUAAUUUUGAAAUUCCCCUCUUUUCUCCGUUUCAGUUCGCAUAUUUAUGAACUUGAAAAGUUUUGAAGUCUAUUGGAUCAUGGCUUAUGAACAGAGCUUCAGGUCAGCAAGAAUGGAUUUUUGAACUCUAUAGUUUUAUAGAAGGCAUUUUUUUAUCCUUUUUCUUCUGAAAUUUCGAAAUUCUAUUUAUUCGCCAAGCUGAUCAUUUUUAGAAUCGAAAUUUUCAGUUUUGGAGAAAAUUUUCGUUUAUAAUAAUCUCCUGUUUUCAAAUUCUUCUAAAUUUGGACUUUUAGUACAUUUAUCCAGUCCACCCGUCCAGGGAAAACCACAAAAUUCUGAAAUUUCUCUUGAAAAAAAUCAAAAAUCCUUCUUUCCAGACGGAUUUUUGAAUCGAAUUCUUUCUUAUAGCUCUUCAAGCUAAACCAUAUUGAUUUUAGAGUAUUUCUAGAUUUUGAAAUUUUGAAAAUGGAAAAAGAGGUUGUAACUAGCUUUCAAAACGCUCUGGAAAUGCUAUGUAUCAGUUUUUUUUCUCUAUUAAAUUUUUUGACUUUUUUCUGGUGUUUGAGACUUCGAAGCAUUUGAUAUCUUUCAAUUUCAAGCUCUAAAAAGUUAAAUUAAUAAAAAUAUAUUUUUUUGUUCUGCACUUAUUUUAAAAAAAAAGUGAGUUCCGAGCAAACAUCGAAUCGAACUAAUGAGACAUAUUAUACGUAGGUGGAUCUUGUGAAAACUUCUCAGUUAAAGUAGUUUCCGGUUUCAUCCUUUGGAUUUUGAGAUUUUGAACCGUUGAUAUCUUUCGAUUCGGAGCUUUUAAGACCUUCCAAACUUCAUUUUUCCCUGGUUUUUUUUUUCGAAAUAGCUUUUUUCCAGCAAAACUUGAGCUGAACAAUGAUACUUUGGGCAAAUUUUCUCGGCUCCUCCUUUUAAUUCGUGAGAUUUUCAAAGUUCUAGUUCAAAAAGACCAAAGAAAUCUAAAUAUACUCUUGAUUUUUCGGAAAAAAAGCCUUUCUCCGAGCAAAAAUCAAGCGAACAAUUGAUACAUGAUUGAAGUGUCGCUGAGCUCGGAAAGAGCAACCGGUGUGAGUCUGUUGUAUGGAGGGGUGUAAAGCAAGUGUUGUUGGUGGCAGCAAAACGACUUCGGCUGCGCCUUUAUCCAUUAGGAAACCUCUUCCGAUACUCUUCGAACUCGGUUUUCCGUGGAAAAGAGGAACAAGUUGGAAAAUCAGCAAAAAGUCUGGCAAGAUGGAUUUUGAAAAGUCUGUCUUUCAUUCAGUAGAUUUUGACUAUCUGAAAGUGGAAAAUGACAAAGAAAUAUUAUUUCGCCAUAGUCUGCUCAAAAAUCUUUGGUGAAAUUAUUAAAGGAGCGUUUGGUGAAUUUUGUAUGGGUCCCGAGGCGAAGAGCCUUUAUCAAGCCGUUUGUUUCUUCAAAUUCCUUCACAAGAACUUUUUAAAUAAACUUUUCUCUGUAAAUAAAAAAACUCAUGAUUGAAACUUGACGUUUUUUUGACGACACGAUUUCAAAAAAAUUGGCAAAAACUUCAAAUGAAAAAAAUGAACAUCUUUUUUUAUUCGCUUAUUAAUGCUUUUUUUACAACUUCAAAUCUCAUGUUUUCCAUGUUUUCCCAGUGCCAGGCACAGUUUCCGAUCACAUUUCAUGAAAAAGAGAGGAAAAAAACCAUCUUUGGCAGGUGCGAAAAGGUCUGAGAAAACGGCCCCCGACCUCUCUAUUCAAUCGGUGAACAAUGGCCAUACAAACUGGAGGAUAGCUUGGCAAAGAUCUCAACUAGAAUCUUCGAAUCUCUUCGAUAGGGAUCAGACUAAACAAUUUUUAAAAAAUCGAGCUAAAAAAAUCUGAAAAAAAAUCUUACUGUAUCGGUGUAGGGUGUAACACACCAGAAACAUCUCAAAUUACGCCCACUUUUUUUGGAUUCGUUUCAAAAAAAUCUAAAUUUUUUUGUUUUUGUUUUAUUUGGCGGUUAAAGUUCCUAAUGUUGUUUUUUUGGGCUUUUUUUAUAGUAGAAAGUUCAGUUAAAAGCUCUCUCCGAAAAAACCAGUUUCAAAAGUUUUUUUAAAAACCUUUUUAAUCCUCUCAAUUUUCUUCUGUUUUUUUAAAACCUUUAGGCCUUUCCUGUUUUUUUGUUACAUAGUUUUUCAUUGCAGUUUUGACGGCUUGAUAGAUUUCUCAGCGGGAAACAAGAUUCGGCGGCGGUGGGCUCGUGUUUCCCGCAUUUAUGCUUCACCUGCUCUCUCUUUCGCUGUGCGAGCUUUCCCAGGCUCCAUAUAAGGAUAUAUGUUGGCCUAAGGAGGGAAACACGGGCAACCCGUGUUGUUUCUGUGAAAUAUAAAUCGACUUUGCCCUGACUGCCGAAACGAGGGAAAUUGUGACAAGCUUCCUGGGUACUCUGGGUUUUUUGAGAGAGAAAUGAAUCUUCAAUUGUUUCGGGUUGUAUAGAAAUCACUUAUGUAGAAGAAAAUUUGAGAAAGAAAAGUAUGAUAUUCUUCUUUUUUCGUAACAACGUAUGAAUAUUCAAUUGUUUUCACCUAAGCUUUCAGCUUGUUAAUUAUUAUAUUUCGAGCGGGAUCGCUCAAAAUAUUUUGUGCUUAGAAAACGAAAGGGAAAUUUGUAUUUUUGAAUUUUUUUUUGAAUUUCUUCCUCCAUGUAAACUGUCAUAAUUUUUUUCAUUUUUCAAGAUUUUUCAGAAUAAUUUGUUCAUAUAUGGGAUUUUGAAGAAUAUUAUCGCAUAUUAUUUAUUUCAGAAGUAAAUGAGCCUAAAAACUGUUGAUAAAGAUCAAUCAAAGGACAAGGAAGAAUUAACUUUCUUCAUUUUUUUUUUCAACUAGCUUUUAGACCAUUCUCAUCGUUUUUUGAACAAACGAGAUGAUUUCUUCUGACUUUUCAGCCAUCUUCAAGGAAUCUCUACGUUCGAAUCGAGUCCAGGCGUGCGACGGGGAGCGGAUCACGCUGAGUUGUCCUCGAAACACCCAAAUCCUCGUCCAGACCGGGUCCGGCUUUAUGCUUAUUCGCCUCAGGCAAUUUCCGAAGAUUCCCGAAAGCACCUUGCUUUUGGGUUUUAUUGCCCAGAAGUCACAAAGCUUCGCCUCAAGUUUGUCGAAAAUAACAAAAUCUCUUCAGUUAAAAGGGUUUUUGUAUAGCUUUUUGAGAAAAAAACCACUAAGCUUUUUUAUUUUUCAUCUGAGCUAAUGUUUGAGCGGGAAAAAAGCGACUUUUAUUCUCAAGUUAUCGAAAAAAGUUCCCCAAAAAAGAUCCCUCAAGCGCUUGAUUGUACAGUCGACUCGGAACACUUUUUUGCUACGUUUCAGUUUUUAUGGACGCGUCGUUCCGGAGAGUCAGCUGUGCCCGGGGCGAGCCGCCGAACUCGUUGGCCAGGCGCCAACCGCCUAUCAUUCCUCCACCUGUGACGUCAUCCAGGCUCACACGGUACGGUUCUGGAAUCAGAAAAACAAAGGGUUUCAGCUGAAAAAGGAUUGUUUUUUACUGUAUUUAAGAGAUUUUUUGAUAGUUUCAGGUGAGAAAAAAUGAGAUUAGCCGGGAAAAAAGUUCACUUUUUUUUGAGAAAAGUUAUAUCCAAAGUUCAACCAGCAGUUCAUUCUUAAAAAAACUUUACUUUGUGAUUUAGCAAUUUCAAUGUCAAGUCACUAGUUUCCGGCUUUUAAGGACAUUUUAAAUUUUGUCGGGUUUUUUGAAUAGCUUUACAUGCUUAAGCUUGAAAAUUCGCAUCUUCAGAAUAAAUUCCCCUACCAACUAUAGUGAAAAACAAGAGAAAGGGAACGACGGAUAAUUGAAAAGUGGUCGAAGGAAGGCCGGCGUUCCAUAAAAUUCCAAUUAGCUUCCUUCCUCGUCUUCACCCGGGUAACCAAUAGGAGAAUAGGGCUCGAGUCGGGCUGAAUCGUAGAAAAAAAAUAGAAGCAAAGGUCAAGAAGUACGUUCGCAAGGAUUUUGUUAAGAAAAUUAUUUUUAAAAACUCCUUGAUUUUUCGCAAAAAGUCAGCUAUUAAAACAUUUUUUUGACAGUUUCCGCAUCCUCAUACAAGUACUUUCAAGGCUAAAAAAUAAGAGAAAUUGUCGGAUGUUCAAUUUAAAAUGAUCACCUACAUCAGUUUUCUGCGGACAACGUUUCAAAAAAAAUCUUCCCACCGGUUUUUAAAAGACUUCAACAAAAUUCAAACUUCUUUUGUGAACCAAGAAAAAAGUGAUACCGGAUUUUCAUAAACAAACUUGAAUGCUUUCGGAAAAAUGUAUUGAAGAUUGACUCUUCAGAAAAUCUCGGAACUGUGCGACAAGAGACGCAAAUGCACGGUCGUGGUCGAUUCGCACACUUUCGACGACGAUCCGUGUCCUUCGACCUCGAAAUACCUGCAGAUGAGCUACGCCUGCAUGCCAGGUAACUCGAGAUCUCGUCCCUUCCUUGUCCUGUCAAUCUUUCUCUCGAAUGACUCAUUCACUAGAAAAGCCGGAAGAACACUUAUUCCGUGAAAUUGAUAUUGCUUUUUUCGCAUCUUUUUUCGGCUUUUCAUGGUUUAAAAAAUUGAAAAUACCUGCAGAUGAGCGUGCCAGGUAGUUCGAGAUUUUUCUCUUGUUCAUUGGAAUGAGUAGGCCAGAAAAGACGGAAGAACACUUUUUUCUAGUGAAAUUGAUAUCCUAUUCUUUUUGCAGCUUUUUUCGCAUGUUCUCCGGUUUUUUCGAGAUUUAAAAAGCGAUUAAGCGAAGGCUUGUUAGUUGGGUAGUACCGAAAAUGCCAAGAAAAAAAAAAUCUAUAGGAAAGGAAGAGCAAUUCUUUUUUUGAGGGUUUAUUUUGAAUUUUUAUCAAUAUUCCAUCAUUAUUCUCACUUUUUUUCGAUUUUUUUCAACGUUUCUAAGAAGAUAAAAAAAUAGCUUACAAACUCGAAAAAUCUUUUUGAAGCAAUCAUUGAAGCUACAGUUUAAUUUUUUUAAAUAUUUAUUAUGUAUUUUUUUAAUUUUUAAAGUCUAGUUUAAAAACAACGCUUACAAGAUGAUUUUUUUCAAAAAUUUUCUAUUGAAAAAUUUUUCGAUCUCACACUGAAAAAAAUUCUUGUCACAUAGAGUUUCAAUAAUUCAUUUUUGAAAUCAGUUUUCAAAAAAAUUUUUUUCGGCGAUAAAUUUAUGCAAAUCAGCCUUAAAUCAACAAUUUGACGCGAUAAAAACCAUAAAUUUCUCAUUGAAAUCAUUCACGGAUCAAGGGUCAAUUUAUUUCCCCUCUUCUUCUGCAUAGGGAUCAUUUUUUUGAAACGAAAAAAAGUUCAAAUUAUUUCCACCUUUUUUUAUUUUCUGGUUAUAAACUUGAAUCUGUUUAGAAAUUUUUUUGAAGAGACAAUGAAAAACUGCAAAAAAAUUUCUACCAAAGUAUCUUUUUUUCUGAUUCCCAGCCUGAGUUUGUACUGAAAAAAAGAGCUGAAAAAUAGGAAAAAAUUUUGACUUUUGACGGGCAAAUUAGCCUUAAAAAGACAUAAAUGAAAACAUAUUUUCACGGGCUUAUUCAGAGCUUUUUUGUUAACAUGGUAUCGAUUUUAAAAAAAAACGGAGGGAAAGCUCUACUCCGAGAUCGUUUUGGCAAUAAAGUUGUACAAAUUGGCCUAUAAUCAACAAAUUGGCGCGACAAAACGUUUUUGUCUGAAAUCGGACACCGAUCAGGGGUCAGUUUAUGUUCGCGCGAUUUUCUUCUGCCUCCCACACGAAUGGACCAGAUGGACCUGGCUCCGCAGCUGUUGUUUUGUUGUCUCAAAAAAGGCGGAUGAAUUGUCUUGAGGUGCACUUCCCCGUAAUGAGAGGGUUGAACGCAAUGUCGAUCUCCUUAAUUGUUACUUGCCAUUUUUGUCGUGUUCUUCCUGGACGACUCCAGAAAGUGCUUGUGAGCGGAUCGAAAGGAGGAUAUUUUGAAAAAUUGAGAAAUCUUGGCGAAGUACUUUUCUUUUAACUUUUUUUUUUGACUGGGAACCUGAAGUUUUUUAUGACUUUUUAAGGUAAAAGUCUAAAGAACUAAAAGCCCUACCGUAACCCAGUGGGGGCGGAGCCUCACAAUAACUAGCCUAAAAGUUUACACACUAUGACUAGUAACUGUGAUAAUAAUUUCAACUCUCAAAACAAAACUUGAAAUUUUUGUACCAACGCUUCCCUGCAGUUCAACGACUUCCCUAGAGAACGUGUGUCAAGAUCAAAAGAGUCAAGUUUUAGUAGAAAUAAUAGAAAUCAGGGAAAAUUUAUGCCGAAAAAUGGAGAUAAUUUAGGAAAAUUGAACGCUCCUUUGUUUUUAAUUAACCCUCGGUUUUUCAUCGUGUUCUUUUUGAAAGAAAAAGAAGUAUGGCUGGUGUUGAUAAAUCAGAAUACCGUAAGAACAUUUCGAAGAAAAAAAAAAUUAAAUCUCAUGUCGAAUUAUGAUAAGACUCGAUGCCAAUGGAAAAAAGUUUUGGGCUUAUUCGAAAACUUGGGAGUUUUAGACCUCUAUGUGUUUAAAUUCUGAAAUGUUUUAAAUUCUACGUUUCCCGAAGGAAACGUUUAAAUGACUUCAUUUAACUUGAUACGUGGCAUAUACAGAGCUCAACGGGCCCAGGAGGGCUUGACUGUCGUAAAUUUUGAGAAAACUAGAUAUAGUGAGGUGGUGUUGACUGGAAUAAACAUAAAUUUCAACUUUGGGAGGCAGAACUGACUUUAAUUUUCGAAAAUUUGGUAGGCUGGGUAGGCUAUAAAUAUGAAUUGCGCUUGUAUGCUCGAUCCUCCCUAAAAGGAGCAGUUUCAGUGUCGUUCGACGACGAGUCGUUCUGCGCCGGCUCGGAGAUGCGGCUGGUGUGCCGCGAGGGCCGUCGUCUGGCCGUGUACUCGUCGGUGGCCGAGAACAGCCCCAAACGGCAUCCGGCCCAGUGUCCGCCACGCAACAAUUCGGACCCCGGUUCGUCCAUUUCACAACAUUGCGUGUCGUUCGUAAUUAAAUGCGGAGCGAAUGAGCGAAUGAUGUGCCAAAAACAGACGCGCUGACACGCACAGGAUACUUGAGAGGGAUUUGAUGCGCGAAUUCUUAUAAUGAGCCAUUGUUUCCCCUUUUUUUCUCUGACAGCGGGCUUGUACGAGGGCCAGCCCGUCAGCCUAUCAGCCCGGCGAGGCCUGAAGCGAAAAAGGCUGGCACGGCCCAAAUAAGCGCAAAGUUUUUUCAAAAAAAAUAUCAGACUUUUUCCCAAAAUAAAUCAUGUGUUUUGUUCUUUUUUUUUAUCAAAAUUCAACGGAAACUAUGAUUUUGGUGAACAUUAUGUGGUUAGGCUCGAAAAGUCCAUUCGAAGCCUGGCCCAAGCUCGAGCAGGCUUCUUCGCAAAAAACAAGGCCCGAAGGCCGAAACGGCCUGACCCAUAGACUUGUCUGACAGGAACAAUAGAAGAGAAGAUAAUGGGUUGGAAGAGAAAUAAAAUAAGGAAUUAGUUUGGGAAUAGAAAAAGUAGUUACAUUAAUGUUUUUCCAGUCCUUUGAAGCCAAAAAAAUUGGUGGAGUUUAUGAACGUCCUAAUUUCCAUUUCAAGUUCGGGUUUAUUGGCCUAUCGAAUCUCUUUCUUUUUUGAAAUUUUUAUAAGCUGUAGAAACAGGAAAAGAGUUUUCGUUGAAAUUUCAAGAAAAAAAAGAGCUUUCUUUUUAAAAACUUUUCUGAGAAGCUACACUAUUUGGCAGUAACAUAAAUCGAUGAACAAGAAUUUAGUUUCUCAGUUCUUUAUUGUUGAGUAGGAAAUUAUGAAUAUCCAUCAAUUUAUCGAGUUUGAAUUUAUUUUGCACCGGGGUUAUAAAUAAUCUAUCGGAAGAAGCGGAGAUAUAUAGCCAUAUCUUAGUUUUUCACAAUAAUUCAAGCAAGAAAAAAUUUGAAAAAAGUCUGAUUGACCUAUAAGAAGAAAUCGAUCUUAUCAGAUGUUUUGAAACGUAUAUGAAUGGCUUUUGACCACCUGCAUCAAUUAAUUUUGAGUGAAAAAAAAACAACUGUAAUCUCAUAAUUCUUUCAAAUUCCUUACAAUUCUUCUACUUGAACUCUCACAGCACUCACAACUGGAAACUCGAUUUUGUGGUUCAUAAUCAAAGGCUCUUGACCACCUAGAUCCACAUUGAAUAGAAACGAGCCCAAGAAGCUCUUUCAUUGAAUAACGGCACUUUGGUGGCGUUCUUCGUCCCGUAAAUGGAUAUCAUUAAGGAGGUUGGCUCGGCUCGACGAGCCCUGGUCAUUGUCCGCGCGGCUCUUAGGAAUAAUUACCGCGCAGGCUUAUUCCCUCCUUGACAUUCAUUCAUUCAGCUUGAGACAUGGCUUCUGCAGGAAGGGGUCCGUGAAACAUCGAGUUGACAGGGCCAAUUCCUCACAAGGAGCUUGUUUCACAUAUGAUUUCAGAAAUAUAUGGAAACUGGUCAGAAGACUCUGGGAUGUACUAGAUGAUGAUUAAUAAACUUUCACCAUUCAAAACUUUUGUUUUUGAAAAACAUCUCACCUCAAAAAAUCAUGAAAACAUAAAAUAGACCGUUUUGAAAUUUUGAGAAAAUUUUUUUUUUCGAAAACUAGAAAGCAGACUGGUAAUUCCAAAAAUGCCAUCACAAACUUUUGAAGUUUUCUGGGCAGUUUUCAGAAGUUUCUGAAUUCUUGCAUCACUCUCCUUGUGAGAAUGUUUCAGGAUGGUGACGGGGAAAAUGACUAGGAAAAAUUGGAAAACUUUUGACGAAAAUGAACCUGAGAUUAGAAUUUCGAAGAGCACACCAAUAAAGAUUUCCUGACAAGUUUCAAAUGCUUAUUUUCAUGAGCUCAUUUUGAAAAGUUUCUUCCUUGCUUACAACUUUUUUCUUAAAAAUGAAAGAGAAGGUGUUUCAGAAUGCGUGGACGACGUUCUGCCGCAAGUUCUCCGCGAAUGUCACGCCAGAGAAGCUUGUUCUCUGAGAGUGUCGUCAGAGUUUCUGGGCUCUCAGAGCUGUCAUAACGGCCAUCUUCACAUCGUUUACAUGUGCGGUGAGUGAGGAAAAAAGUAACAUAGAUACGUAAAAAACAUUGGAAAGUUCCCAAACAUGAGUUUUCUGUUUCAACUUUGCUCACCGGGGACUUGAGAAGUCAAAACCGCUCUUUUUCCUAUUGAAACGCUCAUUCAUCUUCUUUUUUUUUUUCGAACUUUUCCAUCUUCUUUUAAUAAUUUAUCUCUUAAGGAAGAAAUAAUUGAACUUGAAGGGUAGAAAUAACUGGUCUGAAUAAAAAAGGUUCAACAAAAUUUUGGUUUUCAGGUCCAAUAACUUUUCAAGAAGACUAAGAGAGUUUUUUUAAACUACUUUGAGAGAAUUAAAAAGAAGUUUAUCAUCAGUAUUUAUCCAAAAUUUCCUUUUAGAAUCUUCCAAAAAUUCGAUUUUGGCCUUAAUUGACAUGUAAAAAGGCUUUUCGAAACGAUAAAUAUUGAAAAUUCUAUUUUAUAGCUACAAAAGGGUAAUUAAAUCAUUGAUUAUUCAUUUCAGUAAACGAAGAGAUUUUCUCCGAAGAAGCCAUCAAGGGAGAGUUGGCCUCAUUGGAGCAAUACCUAAAGGUAUCUUCGGAAACCCGACACCCUUUUGUUCAUGUAUCCGAGUUGUUGCAGGAGUCUUCCAAACAGCCGAAACACGAGCCUCAGCCGAUUGUGGAAACGAGGCGAUUUUUGCAACAAAAGUCGGCGAAAAUCGAACGAGCGCCCGAGACGUCGUCCGCCACGCACAUGUUCAGCAAUGACGGUGAGAAUUCGAUCCGAAAGGGGCCACUUAAGGGAGAAAAAUGACUACAGUAGAACUUGGAAGCAGAGAAUGAAGUUUUGUGAUACUAAAGUGAAUUUUUGGUUCAUGGAUAAAUAAAGAGUUUUUCAAGAGUAUAUAAUACUAGAUUGAUAUGUUAAGUUAUUUAAGUGGUUACUUAAGAAACUGAGAAUGGGCUAAUGUAGUUGAAAAGUUUUGAGAGCCUCAACUGACGUGCUGAAAAAAAAUGUUUUUUCAAAACUCCCUAAAGUGGCCCCUUUAUAUUUAUUAGUUUGAAUGAAGCCCAUUGAAAAUAUCCCUCAAGUGAAAACUUGGAAUCUUCACGAAAAGUUAAGAUGAUACAGAAGUAAUUUAAAAAAAAUAAUAACAGGUCGUGAAAAGGCUUAAAAAAAAGACCUAAAAUUCUGGAUUUUCAAACUUCAGAUUAACUUAUUAACACACGUUCUCUGAGAAAAAUCGAUGACUUUUUCAGUAAUAUAAAAGCAAAAACAAAAAUAAAAAUUUUUUUUUGAUUUGCCUCAAAAUGUGAUCACGGCUCACACACGUGCUUCUGAUUAUUAAGCACCAGGUUCCAGGUGGCUCCGCCCCUUUUUAAAAGAUACUGUAGACAGUAAGCUGAAAAAAAUUAACUUUUUUCCUGUUGAGAAUUUUCAUUCAAAAAUGCUUGGAAAUGUAAGAAAACACUAUUUUGAGUGUUUGUUCAGUUGCAACUUUUUUUCUAACUCGACUUCUUCGGGGAGAAAAAAAUCGAAAUUUCCUCAAAAACAGCGAUUUUUUCAGUUUUUGAGCCAUAACUAGAGUAAGAACCCCCCUAUGGUACGACUUUUAUUUCUGAUUAUGAAACUAGGGGCCUUCUUGUUUAAGAAAAAGUAGUUCUACAACAAAUCCCUGGGGUGGGAUAGUUGACCUCCAUUCGACCGAAGGUGAUCAACUCGAAUCGGCUCAAAAUUCGAAAAAUCAUUUUUCUUCUAAUUUGACAGCUUCUUCCUCUUUUUUGUUUUGAAACAAAAGACAACAAUCACGUUCAUGUUCUCCACCAUUUUGGUGCUCAAAGAAAAUUUUAUUCCGAAUUUCUCGAGACUUUUCGAAUUUCAGGACUUUCGUCGAUUUUCGAUUUUUUCCGUUUUCAGGUAGUUUUUUCUGUAGGAACCCCCGAAUGUGGUCAUUAUCUUUUGGUAUAUGGAAGAGUAGGUCUUUCUUGAUAAGGAAAAAUUAGUCCGGUAGAAAUCUCUGGGGUGGCCCAGUUGACCUCCGAUCGCCUGAAGGUGACGACCCCAAAAAUGGAAUUUUCAUAAAGGCUCGGAAAACAACUUUUUUUGUUUCCAUUCUAACAAAAAACUUUUUCAGUGAGACCUACAUCACUUUUCGACAUGAAUCGGAGUAUUUUCGGCAAGAAAUAUGUAGUUUUAUUCAAAUUUGAGGCAUGGCACGCUUAUCUUCGUUUUCACCGUUCUUACCUGCUCUAAAUUGCUGAAGUAACCUGGAAACCCGUUCAAAAAGAUUUUAGGGAAACCCAGAAAAUGUUUGAAUUUUUUUGAACACCUAAACAAAUGAAAUCGGGGGUAAGAAAUGGCGAUAAAAGCUUUUUUAUCAACUUUUUCGAGAAAUAAAAACACCUCAUGACAUUCAGAAAUGUCGAUGAUUCUCAAAAAUUAUUUUUUCGCCAAAAUACAGUAACUGACAGUUUUUUACUUUUUCAAUCGACUCUAUUCAUACACUUUUUCCCUGAAAUUAAGGUUUCUGAAGCUUUUAGAAGAUCUUGUAAUACAAUUCUGGCUUUUUUUGUGUUGCAACGUUCAUACAGACACUUAUUCAUGUUUUUCAUUCAUUUACAGAACAACUCAAAUGAAAAAAGGUUUUUAAAAAUGCAUUUUUUUGACCUUAGAAGCGUUUUAAUGCAUUUUCCGGAUUAAAGUUAGGUUUAUCAAGUCUCUCUUUUUUCUUUCUAUUAAGUUUCAUCAAUAGUUGUUUUUUAAAGAGUAAUUGACAUUUCUGAAUGUCAUGAGGUGUUUUUAUUUCUCGAAAAAGUUGAUAAAAAAGCUUUUAUCGCCAUUUCUUACCCCCGAUUUCAUUUGUUUAGGUGUUCAAAAAAAUUCAAACAUUUUCUGGGUUUCCCUAAAAUCUUUUUGAACGGGUUUCCAGGUUACUUCAGCAAUUUAGAGCAGGUAAGAACGGUGAAAACGAAGAUAAGCGUGCCAUGCCUCAAAUUUGAAUAAAACUACAUAUUUCUUGCCGAAAAUACUCCGAUUCAUGUCGAAAAGUGAUGUAGGUCUCACUGAAAAAAAGUUUUUUUGUUAGAAUGGAAACAAAAAAAGUUGUUUUCCGAGCCUUUAUGAAAAAUUCCAUUUUUUUGGGGUCGUCACCUUCAGGCGAUCGGAGGUCAACUGGGCCACCCCAGAGAUUUCUACCGGACUAAUUUUUUUCCUUAUCAAGAAAGACCUACUCUUCCAUAUACCAAAAAGAUAAUGACCACAUUCAGGGGGUUCCUACAGAAAAAAACUACCUGAAAAACGGAAAAAAAUCGAAAAAUCGACGAAAGUCCUGAAAUUCGAAAAGUCUCGAGAAAUUCGGAAUAAAAUUUUCUUUGAGCACCAAAAUGGUGGAGAACAUGAACGUGAUUGUUGUCUUUUGUUUCAAAACAAAAAAGAGGAAGAAGCUGUCAAAUUAGAAGAAAAAUGAUUUUUCGAAUUUUGAGCCGAUUCGAGUUGAUCACCUUCGGUCGAAUGGAGGUCAACUAUCCCACCCCAGGGAUUUGUUGUAGAACUACUUUUUCUUAAACAAGAAGGCCCCUAGUUUCAUAAUCAGAAAUAAAAGUCGUACCAUAGGGGGGUUCUUACUCUAGUUAUGGCUCAAAAACUGAAAAAAUCGCUGUUUUUGAGGAAAUUUCGAUUUUUUUCUCCCCGAAGAAGUCGAGUUAGAAAAAAAGUUGCAACUGAACAAACACUCAAAAUAGUGUUUUCUUACAUUUCCAAGCAUUUUUGAAUGAAAAUUCUCAACAGGAAAAAAGUUAAUUUUUUUCAGCUUACUGUCUACAGUAUCUUUUAAAAGGGGCGGAGCCACCUGGAACCUGGUGCUUAAUAAUCAGAAGCACGUGUGUGAGCCGUGAUCACAUUUUGAGGCAAAUCAAAAAAAAAUUUUAUUUUAUUUUGCUUCAGAUUCAUCGACUUUCUCAGAGAACGCGUGUUAAUUGGCUCCAAUAAUGACGUCCUUACAGCAUCCUACGUGACGCAUGACGAGUACAGUAUGCACGACGGCGACGAGGCGCAGGAAGAAAAUCAACUUCAGGCGAACGCCGUCGGCAUCGGCCACGACGUCUUCCAAGUCUUCAGAUUCUUCAAAAGUUUGUAUCUUUUCUUGUCUCUCAAGCAAUCGUAUUCCUCAAGAGACUAGCUUCUCUGCGCUCUCUUAUCAUUCAGCGGUGAAAGUGAGAGAGAGAGAGAGAGAGAGCAGACAGGCUGGAUCGUUCCAAGUCGCAAUUCAUUUACCAGAACUUGAAAAAUGAUCAUUUAUCAAUUUUCGAAAAUUAUAAUCUUUAUAGGGAUGACUUUAGAGGCCUUUGAAGGGUGCUCGCUAAGGACCACUUCCGGCCCCUAUAGGGGAGCACGCUUGUCGUUCACUUUUAUAAACUCUAUGAGAAGAAGCAAUCCCAUGGGGAAAAAAAAUAAUUUUGCGAUUUUUUUAACGAAAAGCUUUCAAGUUUUUAACGCAUACUCAAAAAUUAGGCUAAAUGUUUUUUUUGCAGUGAACAAGGAGAAGGUGGCGGCUUGCGUGGUGGUCUCCGUUUCCCUGGCGAUCAUCGUCGUCCUGAGCGCCUGCAUUGUUCAUCACCUGUGCUCGUCCGACGACGGCAAGGCCAACAGUACGUCGCAAUAUUCGAUGGAGCGCAAUCGACUAGUCACCUCCAAUGGUGAGUAGUUAUUAAAACAAAAAACGUGUACGAUUAUCUGUUAGUCAUACUCCUGCUAGGAAAAUCAUCAUUUUUUAUGAGCUGGUAGCUUUUUUCUUGAAAUAAGGGGUUUCGAAAUGCAUUGUUCUAGUUCUGUAGAAAUUUAUUGUCAAAAAGAGAAGGAAUUCCAGAGAAUAUCGUGGCGUUGUAGUGGAUGAUCCUUCAAUAAAGAAAAUUUUUAUAACUGCAUCUCAAGUGGCAAGCCAAGUAGCCACUUGAGAAUAGUUGCAUUAAUAUUCUCAAGGUUUUUUCUCAAUUUUCCUUUCUCCCACCUUUUGAGACAAUUUCAAACUUUCUAGUGGUCACUUUAGUGUUUCAAUUUGGUCGCCUUAGUGGAAUUAGUUCGUCGAAAAUUAGAUUGAGGAUAAUCGAACGUGAACGGAGUCUUUGAGAAAUUGAAGUGGUCCCUUUAGAGUACUCGACUUGAUCUCUUCAAUCGAGCUCAGACAAAAGAUCCGAUUUAAAACACUCAAGAAGUCAUUGUAGCGAGAGAAUUAGAGAAUUUUGUAGUUAGAGAAUUUAGUAGCGAGAGAAUUUUUAAGCGUUCUAGUUGCCGCUUUAGGAUUUUUCACUCGAAAUUUUUGAAGGAACCGUGUUCAAAAAUUUGAUUUUGUAUACGCAAGUUACUUUGUUUCUGUAAGAUUUUGUCAAAAAUUCUAGUAGCCCCUUUGAGGAUUUUCAAUAUUCUCAAAAUCAAUGAUAAUUUCAGUGCACGUCUCUUCGCCAGGCUUGCUGAUGGCCGACAUUGAAGACGAAUCUUUCCUGCGUUAUUCUCUACCUUCUUCCACAAAAUAUUCACAUUCUCCCUACGAUUUCUAG